GUGACCAGCAUUCCCUCCAGAAAUUUGCCAGCUAAGUAAUCAGAGAUGAAUUUGGGCAGAUUUAACACUCAGAAAACAAAAACCAUAUACUGAACAUACCUGUCCAUUUGAGCUCAAAUCCCCAAACCACCUGGCACCUAUUGGAGAGAAAAUUGAAAUUAUUCUCUAAGCUAUUUGAAGAGAGUGACUAAAUGCCACUGGGUCGGGCUGUCUGUGGGUAUGAAGUGGUUGGGAGACUCCAAGAACAUGGUGGUGAAUGGCAGGAGAAAUGGAGGCAAGUUGUCUAAUGAACACCAGCCAAGUCCGUCCAAAUUUCAGCACACGGGAAAGGACACCCUGAAGGCUGGCCGCAAUGCAGUUGAGAGAAGGUCGAGCAGAUGUAGCGGGGCUUCGGGGUUUGAAGGACAGAGCCGCUAUGUACCUUCUUCUGGGAUGUCUGCCAAGGAGCUGUGUGAAAAUGACGACCUAGCCACCAGUCUGGUGCUUGACCCCUACCUAGGCUUUCAGACUCACAAAAUGAACACUAGCGCCUUUCCUUGGAGGAGUUCCAGGCAUUUUACCAAAUCUGACAGUUGCCCUCACACGCACCAGGUGAGAUUUCGUCCUAUUAAAGGGAGGCAAGAAGAGCUGAAGGAGGUGAUUGAACGCUUUAAAAAAGAUGAGCACUUGGAGAAGGCCUUCAAAUGUCUGACCUCGGGCGAGUGGGCACGGCACUAUUUUCUUAACAAGAAUAAAACGCAAGAGCGGUUGUUCAAAGAACACGUAUUUAUUUAUUUGCGAAUGUUUGCAACUGACAGCGGAUUUGAAAUCCUACCUUGCAAUCGGUAUUCGUCAGAACAGAAUGGAGCCAAAAUCGUUGCAACAAAAGAGUGGAAACGGAAUGACAAGAUAGAAUUGCUGGUGGGUUGUAUUGCUGAACUUUCAGAAAUAGAAGAGAACAUGCUACUUAGACAUGGAGAAAAUGAUUUCAGUGUCAUGUAUUCCACCAGGAAAAAUUGUGCUCAGCUCUGGCUCGGUCCCGCUGCCUUUAUAAACCAUGAUUGCAGACCUAACUGUAAGUUUGUUUCAACUGGUCGGGACACAGCAUGUGUAAAAGCCCUGAGAGAUAUCGAGCCUGGAGAAGAAAUAUCUUGUUAUUACGGAGACGGGUUUUUUGGAGAAAACAAUGAGUAUUGCGAGUGUUACACGUGUGAAAGACGGGGAACUGGUGCUUUUAAAUCGAGGGUGGGACUGCCCACGCCUGCUCCCGUCAUCAACAGUAAAUACGGGCUGAGAGAGACCGACAAGCGCUUAAAUAGGCUGAAAAAGCUGGGUGACAGCAGCAAGAAUUCAGACAGCCAGUCCGUCAGCUCCAACACGGACGCAGACACCACUCAGGAAAAAAACGAUGCAACCGCGAACAGGAAACCGUCUGUCGGCGUGAAGAAGAGCGGCAAGGACCGGUCGCUAACGCCGUCGUCGUCGGCGCCGCGGAUCCCCGCCUCCUCCAACUCUACCUCAUCGAGACUCGCGCCUCUCCACAAUCCCAGGGUACCAAAGAAGUUGAAAAGGCCCGUCGUCAAGCCUUUGCUUUCCAAGAUAAAGCUCAGAAACCAGUGCCGGAGGCCAGAGCCAAAGAGCGCCUCGAGGAAGCUCGAAGUGGGGAGCCUGGUCCUCAAGGAGCCCAAAGUGGUUCUGUACAAAAACCUGCCCAUCAGAAAGGACAAGGCAGCCGAGGGACCAGCGAGCGCCGCCGCGGCCGGCGGGUGCCUGACCCGCCACGCCGCGCGAGAGCACGGGCGGGGGCCCGCCGGCGGGGCUCCCGAGCAGGACGGGGGGUCGCCCUGCGCCUACAUCACUCGGAGGUCAGUGAGGACGAGAACGAAUUGGAAGGAGACCUCCGAGCCUGCCCUUGAGCCCGGCAGCCUGUCGGGAAGCUCUCCCGGCGCCUGGGCGGGCACGGGCCCUGGCACAGACACGGACGGCGUGGAGCCGCCUGCCGCUCCCCGUGCGGCGCGGGACCGGGAAAAGGCUCCCGAAGCCGCGUCCCCAUGCGGGGAGGGGAGGUCUCCAAAGGAGGACGUGAGCGCGGCCAGAAAGAAAUCACGGCAAGGGAAGCUGUUGAAACAGUUUGCCAAAGCGGAGGAGCCCGUUCCGGUCCUGGAUGCCCCCAAGAGCGAGGAAGCGGUGCCCGACCUCAUCAGCUCUCACUCGGACCACGCGGAGCCCAGGGACAGAGCGGACGGGCCCGCGGGCCGCCAGGACUGCGUGCCUGCCGUGGCGGGCGGGGCUUCCGUCGGGACGCCCGACCACUUCAAAGCAAAAGACAGCUUUAGAACUGCGAAAAGCAAAAAAAAACGGCGCAUCACAAGGUAUGAUGCGCAGCUGAUCCUGGAGAACAGCUCUGGGAUCCCCAAAUUGACUCUUCGGAGGCGCCACGACAGCAGCAGUAAGGCCGCCGACCAAGACGGUGACGGAAUGAGCUCCUCCAAAAUCAGCAUCAAGUUGAGCAAAGACCACGACAAAGACAACAGUCUCUACGUCGCCAAGCUCAAUAACGGGUUUAGCUCAGGGUCCGGCGGCGGCAGCUCCACCAAGCUGAAGAUUCAGCUCAAGCGGGAGGACGAGAGCCGAGGCCCCUAUGUGGAGGAGCUGCGCGAGAACGGCCUCUGCUGCCCGGAGACCCUCUCGCUGCUGGAGUCGAGGAUGGACGUGGACGAGUACAGCCAGUACGAGGAGGAGAGCGCCGAGGAGCCGUCCUCGUCGGAGGAGGACGAGGACGACGACGAGGACGAGGAAGACUACGGGGACGACUUCGAGGACGACUUCAUCCCGCUCCCGCCGGCCAAGCGGCUGCGGCUCAUCGUGGGCAAGGACUCCAUCGACAUCGACAUCUCCUCCCGGCGGCGGGAGGACCAGUCCUUGAGGCUCAACGCCUGAGCCGCCCGGGUCCCGUCCGGGAGGAGUCCGCGUGCGACAGCCGGCGGGCGCGGGC